AUGGACCACUCCCCCUCUAUGAACCUGUCGGUGGUGAGUGGAGACGAGGUGGAGGACCAGCGACCCCUCCUCCCGCCCAGGAUGCUCCCUCCACCUCAGGCCUGCUCUCCACAGUGUGGGAUCCACCACUCGAUCCAGGGGUCGACGGAUCACACCGUGUGGCUGGACCGAACCCAGGCCAUGGCCACCACGCCUCUGUACAACGGCCACCUGUACGUCACGUCUUCCCCUCGCUCCAAACCGAGAGGAGGCAAAGCCAAAGGCAAAGAGAAGAAAUGUGGGAAAAGAUCAGGGGGGAGCAAACAAGCUCCGGGACACAAGGAGAGGAAUCAACAGUGCAAAGCCAAACACGUAGAUUCAAACAAACUCCAGGAAAGAGUCACUUCUUUCACUGACGUCCCUGCUUCUCCCUGCCCGUCCCCCUUCAGGGGCCCAUGCAGGUCCCAGUUAGACCCCAAGGAGGUGGAGGGCCGGGGCAGCGUCUGUUUGGAGAUGCACGACCGCCAGAGUCUCCCCGAGAUCAUCAUCACCAGCAAGGAUGACGACGUCCAGCCACAAAACGAGACGUCCAGGCACCAUCAGGACCUGUCUCACUCUAAAGGCCUGCUGCCAGGGGCCGAGUGUCCCAGUCCCACCUCCAGGUCCAGUCCCAGCUCCAGCACCAGCACCAGUCCGCCGUCCAGCCCAAAGAACAAGGCGGACGGCAAGGACGAUCACUACUGGAAGACCCACAGCAUCGGCUGGCGGCUGGUCCGCAGGAGGGCUCUGUUCCUGAGGAGGCAGCAGCUGAACGACUGCGCCGUGGCGGUGGGGAUCUUCGGGGUGGUGCUGAUGGUGACGGAGACGGAGCUCUCCUGGAGCGUGUACAGCAAGAGCUCCAUAUACUCCCUCACACUCAAGUCCGUCAUCAGUUUGUCCACGUUCAUCAUGCUCGGCUUCAUCGUGGCGUACCACUGCUGUGAGGUGCAGCUCUACGUCCACGACAUUGGCUCGGAGGACUGGCGCAUUGCCAUGACGACGGACCGCUUGGCUCUGAUCGCCCUGGAGCUGGCGGUGGUGGCCAUCCAUCCCUACCCCGUGGGCCUGGUGGCGUACUUCCAGCAGACCGAGUCCCGCCUGUCUCUGUCGGAGACCGAGCUGGAGAUCGUGCUGGCCCUGCCCAUGUUCUUCCGGCUCUACCUGCUGGGCCGAGCCAUGAUGCUGCACAGCCGCCUCUUCACCGACACGGCGUCCCGCAGCAUCGGAGCGCUCAACAAGAUUCACUUCAACACUCGGUUCGUGGGGAAAACUCUGAUGACCACGUACCCCGGCACCGUGCUGAUGAUGUUCAGCGUCUCUCUGUGGCUCGUGGCAGCGUGGGGUUUACAUGUGUGUGAGAGACACCACAACUACAAAGACCUCAGCAGCAACUACAUGGAGGCGCUGUGGAUGGUCUCCGUCACAUUCCUGUCCAUCGGCUACGGAGACGUGGUUCCUCACACCUACUGUGGACGCAGCAUCUGCCUCCUCACUGGUAUAAUGGGAGCCGGCUGCACCGUGCUGGUGGUGGCGGUGGUCGCCAGGAAGCUGGAGCUGACACGAGCAGAGAAGCACGUUCACAACUUCAUGAUGGACUCACACAUCUCGAAGAGGCAAAAAAUUGCUGCUGCGAAUGUGCUGAGAGAGACUUGGCUCAUCUACAAACACACAAAGCUGUCGAGAGAAAGAGACAACAGCCGAGUCCGCAUGCACCAGAGGAAGCUGCUGCUGGCCAUCCACCAGCUGCGUCAGGUAAAGCUGGAGAAGAGGACACUUGCAGACCAAAGCAACUCAUUGGUGGACCUCGGCAAGAUGGAGACCCUGAUGUACGACGUGCUGGCCGAGGUGCAGGGCUGCAGAGGGGAGCUGGACUCGCACAUCCACAGCCUGGAGAAGAGCGUGGAGGAGCUGAGGGAGGGCUUCAGGGGCCUGAUGCCACUCCUGUCCAACACCCUGUCCACACAGAACUCCUCCAUCCGCCAUCUGCUCAGGGAGAGGGAGGCGAAGGCCGAGGCGGCCAGCGUGAGCGGCAGCGACCGGUAG